AUCAAGGCGGCUACUGAACUAACCGCAUAGAUCCCUACCGCAGAGAAGAGCAGAAACCCCAGCCAAACUUCGUUCUCCUCCGAAACUAAACCCUGAGCAGUUUGACAUGCAGAAAAUCGAGCUCCGGUUUCAUACAAAUCCGGUAGGCUUUACUUGAAAUUGAAUCUUAACCUUUCUUUUCCACCCAAACAAAAACCCUAGCCAAGAAAAGGGAGAGAAAUGGCGUUUAGAGGGAAGGAGAUGAUGAAGAAAGUGCUGAAGAAUGUCGGCGGGGAGAAGAACUUGGCUCCGGGAAUGAAGGAAUCGCUGAAGAAAUGCAUACCGGACAGCAAGGUGGUGAUGGGUCGGGCCAAGCGCGGCCUUUUCGCUGGCCGCCACAUCCAGUUCGGCAAUCGUGUUAGCGAAGACGGCGGCAACAAGUCAAGGAGGAAUUGGAAGCCAAACGUCCAGGAGAAGCGGCUAUUCAGUUACGUUUUAGACCGCCAUAUUCGAGUGAAAGUCACCACUCAUGCCCUCCGCUGCAUAGACAAGGCAGGUGGGAUUGACGAGUACCUGCUGAAAACUCCAUACCACAAGAUGGACACAGAAAUGGGCGUCUUCUGGAAAGCAAAGAUGGAGAAGCUGUACGAAGAGCAGGGGAAGAUGGAAGUUGUUUUCUUUCCACGCAAGGAUGAAGCCAAGUUUGAAGAUGGUUUUAAAGAACUGAAACUAGCUGAGAGGACGGCUCGUCGGGAUGCUAGGAGACAGAUGGAAGGACAACUGGAAGACCAGGUGACUGACGAUGGAAGCUCACAUGUUGGUUUUCAUGAGCAGUUAGUUGCAAACUCUUAAGUUUCUAGCUAUUGGGCAUCUUGAAGUGUUGUUCUCAUAUUUGUUGGUUAAUGUCUACUUGAAAUUUUUUUUGUCGUUGAUGUUUAUUUUUGGGAGUAGUCAUAGAUCAGGUCUUUCGCUGAGUCCUGAAAUCUGAUGGGAAAUCAGCUUUUCAUUCAAAGCCUAACGAUUCAGAAGUGAUCAGAGUAAAAAGGUAACAAAUGAUGUUUUUGCUCCAA